AGGCGCUGCCUAACGGACGAGGGAGGGUCACUGGCUGUUGGGCAUUAAGCUGGCUUUAUAUGAAAGUGGCUUAGAGCCACAUUUGCAUGACAAAGCCAUUUACGUGUAUCUCAUCAAUAAGGAAGGCUCCGGGCUGCAUUUGUUCUCCCCGGGCUCUCGCAUCACGCGCAACCAUUAAAGGUAGCGGCGGGAAUGUCGGUAAGCGAGUCGGCCGGUGCCAUGCGGAGCGCGGCGCGGGUCACCCGGGGCCCCGAGCACCCGCCAAACCAGUUCAGUGCCUUGGCUUUUUUUUUUUUUUUUUUUUUUUUCCGGGGCGGAAAAACGUGCUCGGGAGCUGCUCGGGCAGGCCCGGCCAGGCGCUGCCGCUGCCGCGCCCGGGGGAACCGGGGCCGCGCUGUCUGCGGUCGGAGGAGCUGGGGACAGCGCGCGCGUGGAGGACCGGGGCGUCCCGGCCGGCGCGGCGCCGGGACGCGGAGCGCUGCGGGGUCGCUGCGGAGGGCGCGGGGAGGCGGACAAAGGGGGAUCUGGCGGGUGACGCUGCUCAGGAAUUCCUGCCGCCGCGGCGGGCGGGGGGAAGGGGAAGGGAGGAACGGGCGGUGCGGUGUCUGCUUUUUUUCUCUCCACAGGGUUGCCCAAGCCCACAGCGGGGGGUGCUGCAGAAAACGCUCGAAGCGGCACACGCGGCCCAGCGCGGAAAUCGCAGGGUCAUGGCUCCCCUCCCCCUCCCCACCCCACCCCGAUACCCGCACCGGGACCCACAACUGGGUCCCGCCGCUCCGGCGACCCCCCCCGCUCCCCCGUCCACCUUCCCCCGGGACGCCCCGUCCGUGCCGCAGACCCGACCCCCCCCCACCCCGCCGUCCCCAGCCCCUUGUGGCGUCGCGCCACGCAGGCCCCGGCCCCCGCCCCGCCAGGCCCCGCGCACUCCUUCCCCCCCUUCUUCUCCCCCCCCCCCCUCCCCCGCCCGCUGCGGAUCCCGGCACGCCCCGCGCGGCGGUGAGGCGGGGCCCGCCGUGGCGGUGCGGGGAGGCGAGGCGGCGGCUGCGCGCAUGCGUGGGGGCCUCGCCCCUCUCGCCCCCUCCCCCGCCUCGCGCGGUGCGCCGGCGCAGUGCGGCGCGGCUCGUGCGAGGGGAAGGGCGAGUCGCGGCUGUCGGAGCGAGGGGGGGAUCCGCGCCGCUCCGCGCCUCCUCCGCCGCCAUGGCGGGCGCGGCACCGGCACCGGCACCCGUCCCGGCGCCUGAGGAAGUGGAGACUUCAGCGGCGGCGGGCGAGCGACCGUCCCUCUCGGCGGCAGCGCUGGCGAAGAUGGAACGGAACCGGCAACGAGCGCUGGCACUGCGGCAGGCGCGGCUGGCGGCUCGGCCCUAUCCUGCCGCAGGCGGCCAGCGGGCGAGGGCCCCCGCCAAGGUCGUGGAUACGGGAGGGGGCUUCUUCCUGGAGGAGGAGGAGGAGGAGCUGGAGGAAGGGGCCGGCGGCGGCGCCGGGAAAAUCGUGCAUCCCCCCGCACCUGUGCUAGAAUUUGACUAUCUCAUCUGUGGAGACUGUGGCAAAGAAUUCAUGGAUUCCUACCUUAUGCAGCACUUUGAUUGGGCAACAUGUGAUAAUUGCAGAGACACUGAAGAUAAGCAUAAGCUUAUAACAAGGACAGAAGCAAAAGAAGAGUAUCUUCUUAAAGACUGUGACUUGGAUAAGAGGGAACCAGUGCUCAGAUUCAUUGUGAAGAAAAACCCUCACAAUUCACGAUGGGGUGACAUGAAACUUUAUUUAAAACCACAGGUAAUCAAGCGUUCUCUUGAAGUCUGGAGUAGUGAAGAAUCAUUGCAAGAAGCAAAGGAACUCCGCCGUGACAACAGAGAGAAGAUGAAACAGAAGAAGUUUGAUAAGAAAGUUAAAGAACUCCGCCGUGCUGUGAGGAGUAGUCUGUGGAAGAAAAAAACCAGUAUCCACGAACAUGAGUAUGGACCAGAAGAAAACAUUGACGAAUCUACCUUUAAAAAGACAUGUAUUGUAUGUGGCCAUGAAUUGACUUAUGAGAAGAUGUAGUAAUAAUCUUUCCCCCCACACACCCUUUAAUUAUCUUUUUAAUGGUAUUUUGUAUCGAAGUCAAAUAAAUGCUAAUUAUGAACAAGC